AUAGAUACAGAGACACUUGUCAUCAGGAAGCUGCUCUCUCAGCACAACGGAAAAUAUCUCAAUGACUUGACAUGUUCUGGUUGUGAAUUCAGGCUACAAGGGGACAGUGCUCUAAAAUGAGUCUCUCUGGGGAGAGAGAGGAGGGGGGCCCUGCCUCUAAAAUGAGUCUCACUGGGGAACAUGGCACCAAAUCUAAGAGCUCAAUCAAGCAGGAGAGACCAGCUUCCCCUGUACCCAGCUGUGUGUCCAUGAAGAGUGACAAGUCUAUGUAUCAACCUCUAAACUUUAGAGUGGGAGACUUUUCUACUGAACAAAGACCAAUAAAGCGGAAGAGACCAGCCUCCCCUGUUCCCAGCUGUGUGUCCAUGAAGAGUGACUGGUCUAUGGGUCUACUUAUAAACUUUAGAAAGGGAGACCUUUCUACUGAACAAAGAAACCAACAGGAGAGAUCAGAGUCAGAGAUUCUCAGUGGUCCGUCUUCCCAGGGUCAUCCAACAGACCUGGCCUCCAUAUUCAGUGUGUGUGGUCCUGUUAUGUACAUUUGUUUUUGUUUACCUCAAGUGAAGUUGAACUGUCAAUCGUUCAUUAAUGUAUUGAUGAGAAAGCAUUUCUUCUCUUGCUUAACUUAUUUACUUUAUUUAUUUCAGGUGCUUGAAGAGAAUAUUAUGACAUUUGUGAAGAACGAGCUGAAGAUGUUCAAGAGGAUUCUUAGUCCAGAACUCCCAGAAGGCUUUGAGAGUCAGAAGCAGGAUAAGGAAGUGGUGGAUGCUGAAGAUGAGAACCCGGCGAGCAGUGCAAGAGAGGGGGCUCUGAAGAUCACACUGCACGUCCUGAGGAAAAUGAAUCAGAAGGAACUUGCUGACUCACUGGAGAAAAAAAAGGAGCUGGAUGUGUUUGACCUGAAGAAAUACUCCAGAUCAGAGGAAGGUCUUCUGAGGCUGAUGCCAGUGGUCAAAGCCUCCAGAGCUGCUCUGUGAGUACAUAAAAUUACAUUUAAGAACUAAUCAUUAGGCAGAAAUGUUAAGUUUAGAGAAAAAUAUAUAUUAUAAUAUGUAUAUAAUAUUAUAUUGAAAAACAUAUUGAAUAAAUGCAUUGACGUUCACAUUAGUAUACAAUUAUGACCAUACACUUCUAGGAGACGGAAGAUGAAUCUAUAUGUUGUUGGGGAGAAUAAACCAAAUGCAUCUGCCAUUGUCCUUCUACACUACUGGUGUUAAAUUAACAGUGUGUUUGUGAAGUCAUU